UAUGGCGGUGGAGAACUCAAUUGGAUACUGAAGGUUGUGGUGGGGGUUUAAUGUCGCUUUUCUCUUUAUAUAGGACUCUAUUUCCUAUUGUCUGCCUCUCACUCUAUUUGUCUGUCUACCCCCACCAUGGUCAUCAGCAGUCUAUUCUGUAUGUCUAUGGGCGGACCCAAUCGAGAAGCGUGACAAACUCUCAUGCGUGGGGCCAGAAAUCCUGCGCGCCCCCUGUGGAAAAUUCUGGCGUUCCUCGUCUUCACUCUCGCCGCUAUUUCGCUGUGGGAAACGUGAUGAGCUGCAAGAACGACCACCUGCCUCCAGAAUCUUAUUUUGAUAACGUGGUGAGACAAACCACUCUUUUGUAAAGCCACCGAUUUCGCUUAUCAGAUGGGUCGUACGCGCUCGCACGGAACUACUUGCUCUGACAAUUCCGUGGCUGAGCAGUCAGCAACAACACGUUCUGUUAUUGGCGGCUGAGAACAUUGCUGCACAAUUAUCAUCAAAAUUUCAUGAACCACUCUGAAUCUUUUUGCCAAUCGUGUACGAGCACACCACUUUAGACGAAACCGCGAUAAAGAAGUUCCCGUACGCACCGUGUGCGUUAUCGUCGCGCUGCCGUUAUGGUGGAUGAUUAUGAACGUCGCCGAGAAGAUUUUUGGCGGAGGCAUCGAGACCUGUUUCGACGAGUCCGAAGAGAAUAUCUUGGCUAUUGGCGGGAGCUGAAUGAUAUCGGAGAGAGAUACCGAAAGAGCAUCCUGACGAUCCGAGGCGCCGUGGUCAGAAGCAGGCCUGAAACUCGUGAUGUAAGGGUGCAGGUGGAGGCACCACCCGUCUCGACUCGAAAUAUCGGAGUCCAGACAGACCCGAUCGUGAACAUAGGACCUAUUCUACUCGACUGGCUGCGAGCUCAGAUCGCUCGCGCAGAGCAGGAAGUGCCAGUUGCACUGAAACCAGCCGAAAGACCGGUCCCUCCCAGGGUCGCACCAAGGCAGAAGCGAGGCCCCGACGACGUAGUCAUUCUGGGAUGCUGGAAUUGCGGCUCCUGCCUCCACUUUUACUCGCGCUGCCCGUUGCCACGAGAGCAUAUCUUUUGUUAUGGAUGUGGCGGGGUAAAUGUGACCAUCAAGGACUGUCCGCGAUGCGGAGACAAUUGGGCCCGGGCCAAACUGCGGCACGCGGGCCAGCAACGCUAAGGGGAUUCAGCGCGGACUAGCGAGCUGUCAAGAUGCAGAAGGGACCGCGGACGCCGGAAAUGUCGUCCGUUUUCUAAGAUGAUUUGGACAGGUUUCGAAGGAUCUCAGGGGCCAAGGGACAAUCAUACCAUUCCCGUUUGUUUUUUUUUGCGUCUUCCCUUUUCGUUUUUUUCGCGUCCUCUUCUUUGUUUUUUUCUUCUCGACAGUCUCAUUUUGAUUUUAUUUUUUUUCUUUCUU